AUGGCUUCCGAAGCUCCCGCCAAUGAGCUCUCCGCUGCUCAGAAGCUCAUGCAGAAGCACGCAGAAGCUCCUCAUCAUGUUACCGUCGAGGAUGCACCUGAUGAGGAUCUUCCCAUCCGUUCUUCUGCUGAGGCCUCUAGCUCCGCCGAAGCCCCGGCUCCAGCUCCCAAAGCAGCUCCCAAGCAGGCCGCUGCUAAGACUCUCGAUACUCAGUCGCAUGAGCUGUUCCCCGAGCUCGGUGGUCCAAAGGGUAAGGCUGCUAAUGUGGCGCCCAUCUGGGGAGCUAAGACCGCGAACGGCGCCGCCUCUAAUGGUGGCUCUCGUUCGUCUACUCCCGUCUCUGGUGCUGCUACCCCUAACAAGCCAUCUAUGUUCAUUCCUGGCCGCAAUGUCGAGUCUGUCACCCUGGAUCCCCAGUACAUCCUGUCUCGUAGCCAGCUAAAGAGGCCCAUCCCUGAUAUCAUCAAGGAUCUCAACCGCAAGUCUCGUGCCACCCUUUCGAUGAACACCACCGCCAACGGCCGCUACAAAUUUGAUGCUACUGGUCCUCAGGAUGUCGCUCAACAGGCGAUCAAGGAUCUGGUCGGUCAGAUUGGUACUCGAACUGCCAUCAAAGUUCCCAUUCCUCAGUCAGCCCGCGCCCACAUUAUCGGUAAGGGAGGAUCCACGAUCAAGCGUAUUCAGGAGACGUCAGGUGCCAAGAUUCAGCUCCCCAAAGUCGACGAAAGCAACCCUAUCGAUGAGGAGGAUGACGAUGCUACCAUUGAUGUGACUGUCGAGGGUAAUGCCCUCUCUGCCGCUUCUGCUCGAGAUCAAAUCCUCAAGAUUGCUGAAGACCGGUCUGCCAAUGUCCAGACUAAGGUUCGGGGCAUUCCUGCUGCAUUCUAUCCCUUCAUUGCUGGCCAAGAUAAUGCAUUUGCUCAAGCUCUUGCGCAAGACAGUGGUGCGGAGGUUCGCAUCCCUCCCCUGCAGGCAUACUCUACAGGGCCCGCUGCUGUUACUGCCAACCCUGGUGAACGACCUAUCUUCGCCCCUGCUGGCAACGAGGAUAACCAUAUCCAGCUCGCUGGUGACCGAGCUGCAGUGCAAAAGGCUCGCGCCGAGAUUGAGCGCCGAGUUGCCCAGCUCCACAGGGAACUUGCUGCCGAGCAGCUGUCUAUCCAGCGUGGCCGCCACCAAUUCAUCGUGGGCGACCGAGGUGUUCCCGCUGAGCAGUUCUUUGCCGAUACUGGCUGCUCCAUUCUUCUUCCCACUGAUGAAGAUGAUGACGUUAUCACCGUCAUUGGACCCGCUGAUGAGGUUGCCUCUGGCCUGGAGAAGGCCAUGGAUCUGGCCAUGGGCAUGCAAAUGUCCAACUUGGAUAUUGCUCGAUUCCACCGCAACGCCCCAGGCGGCGCUGCGGCACAUGCUAGCAACGUGACUCGAUAUCUCCGUCAACGCAAGGAGAUCGAGCGCCUGGAAAAGAUCUAUAACACUCAUAUCAACACUCCUUUCUCAGAAGGAGGUGCACUUCCUUGGGAACUUUACUCACGUGAGGGCAAGAACGCCAUUCGUGCCCAGUCCGAGAUCACUGGCAUCGUCAAUGCUCAGCCUCCCUCUCGCAUGAGCGCUAUCCCCAUCGAUCCUUUCUUCCACCAGCACCUUCGUAACAACAUUUCUCGUCAAGUGAAGAAUGACUAUGGUGUCCAGGUUGUUGUUCCUGAGGCUUCAGAGGGCAAUGUUCCUGUCCUCCUGGUGUUUGAAGGUCCUGAUCCCGCCAAUGGUCCUUAUCAGCUGCCUAGCACCAAACCAACAGAUGCCGAGAUUCGUGCCUUUAAGAAGGGGCUCGAGGAUGCCCAGAAACACAUUCUUGAGCUGAUCAACAAGCAAGAAGCUAUCACUAGCGCCGAGCUUGAUGUCCCUGCCAAAUACCAUGAAAGACUUAGACGCUUCAUCAAGAAGGAGCAGGAAUCUCGAAAGUCGGACCAGAUUCCCGUCCGUGUCUCGAAGAAUGGAACUCGCAUCACCCUUAGAGGACCUGCUUCUGCUGUCGAGUCCCUUGCUGCCAAGUCCAAUGCCUUUGUCGAGCAAGAGAAGGAGGACGAGAAGGAGCGAGGCUUCACACUGUCUUUCGAUUUCCCUCAGAAGUUUGCCAAUCACCUAAUUGGUAAGGGCGGCAGCAAUAUUCGUGAACUUCGAGACCGUUUCGACGUUGAGAUUCAAGUCCAAGAUGGCAAGGUUGAGCUCAAGGGACCCAAGGCCAAGGCCGAGACUGCUCGCUCUUAUAUUCAGAACCUCGCUCGUACAUUGGCAGAUGAAACAAGUCACACUCUGAAGAUUGACCCUAAGUAUCAUAGGGAGCUGAUUGGGGCUCAGGGAAGCCAGAUCAACCGGCUGCAGACCCGUUACAAGGUCCAUAUUUUCUUCCCUCGAUCCGCCAAGUCUGCAGACGAUGAGCAGUCGAAUGUUGAUGUCGAAGAGGGCGCCAAACCUCGUCGGCAGCAGGCUCCUGAUGAGGUCAUCAUCCGAGGUCCCAAGAAGGGUGCUGACGAAGCUCGGGAUGAGAUUUUUUCUCUUCACAAGUAUCUUGAAGAGCAUUCGGCUACCGCCACUGUUGCUGUGCAGCAGAAGCAAGUCGGAUCUUUGAUUGGACAGGGUGGUUCCGCUCUGGAUGAGCUUCGUCAGGCUACUGGUGCUCGCAUUGAUGUGCCUCAAGACCGAGAUACCGACAUUGUCGAGAUUCAGAUCAAGGGUACCGCCUCACAGGUCGCCAAGGCCAAGAAGGUUCUUGAGGAGAAGCGGGCUGUCUUCGACGAUACUGUAGUCCGAACUCUUGAUGUUGACAAGAAGUACCAUAAGGCUCUCAUUGGAGCUGGCGGCUCCAACCUUCGCGACAUUGUCGUCAAGGCCGGUGGCUCUGACGACCGACGAGAGCUUGCUCGCACCAUUCAGUUCCCCAAGCAGGAGGCUGAUGGAAACACUAUCAAGAUUGAGGGUCGCACUGAUAUUGUGAACAAGAUCGUUGAGCGUAUUCAGGAGAUUGUUGGUGAGCGUGAGAGCCAGGUCACUGAGAUUGUGGAUGUUCCUAUUGAGAACCAUCGUUCGCUCAUUGGCCGUGGUGGCGAUACAAAGCGCCAGCUCGAGUCCAAGUUCACCGUCUCUAUCGACGUUCCCCGUCAGGGGGAUGGCAAAACCGGCGUCAAGUUGACAGGCCGCCCUGAGAACGUGGCCAAGGCUAAAGAGCACAUCCAAGGACUUGUUCAGCAGCAACAAGGGGAGACUAUCCAGGUCCCUCGCAACCUUCACCACUCCAUUUCCAACGGUGGACAGUUCUUCCGUCAGCUUCGCAACAACUACUCGGUCACUGUUGAUCAUGCUGGCCAAGCUCUGCCCGCUAAGCCUGACUCUUCUACUCGCUCCAACGUCGGAGCACUCCCUCUGAUCACUGAUGACGACGAUGCCACAUCCGAGGCACACUCGUGGAAGGUUGUCCAGAUUGAUGCUGGUGAUGAUGGCGAUUUCCCUUGGGUUCUGCGCGGUUCAUCUGAGAACGUAGAGAAGGCCAAGGAUGCCAUUGCCAAGGCUCUUGAGCAGGCCAAGAAGAAUGAUGCUACAGGUUAUCUAGUUCUCCCGGACCCUCGAACCUACCGACAUGUCAUUGGUCCCAACGGCUCCAAGGUCAACUCGAUCAGAAAGGAGAGCAAUUGCAAGAUCCAGGUCCCCCGUGACCAAGCCAAGGACGAAGCCAUUGAAAUUAUUGGAACCAAGGAUGGAGUUGAGAUGGCUAAGAAUCUGAUUCUUGAAGCUGUGCGAGAGGGCAGCAGCAAGGCCCGGGAGUAA